AUGUAUGACUCCACUGGAUUCAGAUUUCAAGAUUGGACUUCAGAGAAAUCGCCAAGCUUGGAUAGUGUAUCACCUGGUAGAAGCAGGACAGUUAAUUCAGUGUCAAAGAUUUUUCAACCGGUCUUUGGAUGGGUAUCUCGUGUCUUAAAAAGUUUGGGAUCUAGUCUGCCGUCUGGGGAUUCAUCUGUGGAUGAAUCACAAUCAAACAAGAAAAUACUUCAUCCCCAGGGUUCAUUUCUUCAGAAGUGGAAUAAGAUCUUUGUUCUGUCAUGUAUACUUGCUGUGGCUAUUGAUCCAUUGUUCUUUUACAUCCCAGUUAUCCCUGAUGGUCAAAAAUGCCUUGAGCUGGAAAGAAAGUUGUCAAUCACUGCAAGUGUCUUGCGUUCCUUUACGGAUAUGUUCUAUGUUCUGCAUAUUAUUUUUCAGUUUCGUACUGGCUUUAUUGCUCCCACAUCUCGAGUAUUUGGAAGAGGUGUUUUGGUUGAGGAUCCUUAUGCAAUAGCAAGACGAUACCUGUCAUCGUACUUUAUUGUGGAUGUUCUCGCUGUUCUUCCUUUACCACAGGUAAACAAAUCAUUUUAUUUAUAUUUUUGGCAUCGCGUUUACGCUUGUUAUUGGUCAGAAAAAUAAUUUGGGAUGAGAAGUUGACCAAAAAAUACUCAUAUUUGUUUCUUUAAUUGUACAUCACAUUGUUUAAAUAGUACAAUGUUGAAAAUGCAGACCGAAAGGCAUUGUCUUGUAGCUAAUACUGCAUAAAUCAUUUCUGUGUAGUGUAAUGAACUUGCAGGUUGAAUUUAUCUUAAAGAUAAAAAGGGUAACCACGCUGUAAGACAGUCUUUGAUGUUUCUCACCAUGCAGCUCUGCAAUCUUCAUCUGUGAUGUAUUCAUUUUGCUGCAGUUCCCGUAUCAUGGUCACUUCAUAAACACCUGGGUCUGCUUGACCAAAGAAAGAUCUGAUUGGGUUUAAAUGUUUGAGCAUCUUUCUCUCCUGACUUGAAGUAUUUUAUUCAAAUUGGAGUUCAUCAUCAUCCUCUAAAUUCCAGCUGAUGAAUAUCUUGUCCAGUAUUCAAGGGGAUUAAGUAAAAGAACUGUUAUGCUUGUAGGGUUAGCGCUUAUAAAAUGGAUAAAGUUUAUACAUCUGCAGAUGAUCUGUUGACGAAUUAAAAAUAACAUGUGAGGUUUAAAUUCCUAAAACACUAAUGACAUACUUGGAAUUUUUCAAAUAGUUAUUUAAAUAUCUAAUAAAAUAGACAGAUACUAUAAUUCAUCAGUUUUGUACAUGAUUUUUUUUGUUUUUGGGGGUUCCGGCAAUAAAAUUUUGGAGAUGUAGCAUGUGGGUUAUGUCUGAACACCUUAUCCAAGUGUUCAUAUGAAUGAUUUGAGGGUGGAGUAUUUGCUUCUUUUAUCUCUUGAACUAUUUAAGUAUGAUAAUUAGAUGUAUUUUUAUCAUUAAAUUUGGAUUUCUCUUUGGGUCUCUUUUUUAAGGCCACUUGUUCCUGAACGGUAUGUGGAUGCUGUAAGAGACGGUAAAGGAAAGAGUGAUUGGGAUCAGCAAAUGGCCUUCUUAUAGAUAGUCGAUUUAGAAUUAUGGGGAAGGUGCCUGAUAUGUGGUCUAACUGGGACACCAGCCAAUUAUUAUGGGGAAGUUGAGUCUAGAAAGGCAGAAAAUCAUUAAGAGCAUUUCGAACCGAAGAUGGGAACGUCACUGUUAUUAAAGUGUAACCAGUAAAAGUAUGAGAUGAAGUGGAACAGUGACAAUGGAGAUUCUAGACGUAAAAAUGCCCAAGAGAUUACCACUUUUCCUAGACGAUGUUUUUGAAAAACAAAAAAACUGCCCCAUCAGUAACACUAUCCUGGGUGAAUACACUUUAUGGUACAAUCCACCUGAAAUAGGGAAUAUUAACCCUAGAAAUGCCGAUACAAUACCAAAGAAACAUAGAAAAUGGAAAGAAAGGAAAAUCCAUUCGGACGGCCUUUCCACCUGAACUUCUGUCUACCAUUGCAGCUUAAAAGUCCGUUUUUCCAAUUCCUGAGAAAUUGCAUUUAUUUUCUACUUCCUCCUCCUUUUAUAAGAGCUAGAGUUUAUGAUAAAUAUUCGUCUCCUUGCUGUGAAUAUGUUACUAUCGUCAAGUUCGUUAAUUAUAGAUCUUCCUUAUAUUCAAAUCGGACGAAUAGUAUUGCAUUCGUAACCACUGAAACUUUUCUUUCUGUGGUACCAACGGGUCCAAAGGCUGAAAUAAAGAAAUGACUCUGUCUUCUGUUACAUGCUAUAGGAAGUCGAAAAUUGCAUGUCAGAUUGAGAGACACCAGAAAGAAGAUUGGUUGAAUAUGAGGGGUUGUGUUUUCUAAAAGCAAGGCAAUUCUCAUUACUGGAGCAAAGCUCAAUUGAUUUGUUGAUGCUUUUACGUUAUAUAAAUAUGCAUCCCAUGGAGAGAACAUAGCAUUGUGCUCAACGGUAUAUCUAGUUCGGUUUUCAUGGACUUCAUGUUAAAACCACGGCUCUCGAGGAUUUCUCAGUUUGUUACAAGUUCUUUUAGCAUUUGUGAUGUAAUUGUAUUGCUGUUGUACUUCCUCUUUACACUAUAACGCUAUAAUUGUAUUUUGUCUUCUGUCAAUAAAACCCGUAUCUACUAUCAUUAUUUCUUAAGUUAUGGCUUAUGAAAGGCGAUAUUGAAUGGUUAAUAAUUUCGUCCAUCCAGGUGAUCAUUUUAUCUGUCAUACCCAAAGUGAGCGGAGAAAGAACAGUGAAUGCAAAAAACUUGCUGAUGUUUAUUGUCAUAUUCCAAUAUUUGCCUCGACUUGUUCGGAUUAUACCACUAUACCGAGAAGUGACAAGAACUUCGGGCAUAAUAACUCAAACAGCAUGGGCAGGGGCUGCUUUCAAUCUCAUUCUAUACAUGCUUGCAAGUCAUGUAAGUGUUGACUUAUCUCCAACUUUUAUUUUACGAUUGUGGCAUGUUGUAUCCAAGUACUAUUUUUCUUGAUGAAAUUAUUACCACCUGAUUCUUAACUAAUUAUUCUCACUCUAAAAAUCCCAAAAAUUGUCUUUCAUUCUUCUUUCUAGGCUGGUGAAGCGUUGUAAUCUGGUUUAUUUGAUUAUUAACGUAAAUAGUACCAAUAUCCUUUAGGAUUUGUUUGUGAAAAUUAUUUUAAACUCUGAAGUUUUUCGUGUGUACAAUCUCUGACUUGCCUACUGAUGAACUACAAGGCACGUCUUAUAAAUUUUGUCUCAAAUUUUGAGUGGUAGCUUAUAGUUCGAUUAUUAUUGUUAAGGUUUUGUAAGGAGGAAAUGCGAAAUCUAGAGAUCUAGCGAGGUGGAUGACUUCAGUCGUAAAAGUUACAAGAGGAAAAGGAGGACCAAGUUAGUGAAAGUGAAUUUAAUAAAGUAAAAGAAACGGAAAGGGUAGACGAGAAUGUGCUCUUAAGCACAUAUCAUGCUCCUUCACUCUGAUGGAAUAUCAUCAUGUAAAAGCUAGUUUUUUCUUUUUCUUUUUAUCCUGUUAAGAGUUUUUUUCAGUAUUUUAGCAAGUAACCAGUAUAUUCUUAGGGUUUAUUCAUCUGCUAUUUAGAGGAAGUUUUCAUCUUUUUGCCAGUAGGCCAUGGAUAACUGAGGAAACAAAAGCAAGCAAAUAUGUUAAUAUGUUGAUUUUCCCUUGUCUAUUUUCUGCCUAGAAAAAAGAAGGAGAAGAUAGAACAUGAAAUUUUGAAAAGAAUAAUCCCCACAAACCAAUCAUAGGCCUGCACAUUGUGUAAUUUUUGGCUUUAAAAAGAAACAUAGUAAUUUUACCCAUGCUCUUCAAAGAGGAGCCUCCUUGCAAGAUGUUUAUGCACAGCAACACGUAUGCUCCGUGUUAGUGAGGACGGCACUCAUGACCACAACUGUCCACUGAUGGAUCUUUGCCUAGGCAACACUUUUGAAACCAUGGAUUGAUAAUGAAGUUCUCUGAUAUUUAAAUUGCCCGCUUUUACUUUGACUUAAAAAAGCGUCCAACCUCCAAAAGAAAAAUGGUGAAUGCAUCAAUAAGAGUGACAGCAAAGAUUUGCGAUUGGCUUAAUAUGUUUCUUGUAGCUAUCUUGAUAGCUGUUUUAUUGAAGAGUAAAAUACUUGAAAUAUUAUUUUAAAGAGAAAGAUAUCCAAAAUGAUAAAUUUUGAUCUUUCAUGUGCUGUACAUCGCAUCGACCAUUAUGGUCAGAAACUUUAUUACACUGAGGUAUGCACUUUUAAAAAAGGAAAGUGGAUGAUACCCAUACUAAUACAAGUUCUGAUGUUGAUAUUUUUUUUUUAAAAUAAAUCAACUUUAUUUUUUACUCAAUUUUUGUAAACUCUUUGGUUAGGUUUUGGGAGCUGUUUGGUACUUGUUUUCAAUAGAACGGCAAGAUACAUGCUGGAGAGAUGCGUGCAGUAGAGAUGGCCACGACUGCGUGCGGUCUUUGUACUGCGGGGAGAAUCCGCAAGAAAACAAGGACUUUUUAACGCUCUCAUGUCCCAUAAAUCCAGUCAACACGUCGGCUUUUGACUUUGGCAUUUAUCUUCCUGGCCUCGAGAAUGAUGUCCAAUCGAAAGAUUUUGCCGAGAAGUUGUUUUACUGCCUUUGGUGGGGGCUACAGAACCUGAGGUGAGCGCGAUUCCUCUAUCUUGUUUCCUUUAUUUUUUAAGACCAUUUGGGUGCCUACUUAUGUCAGAACUAAGCUUCAUAGUUUGACUGUCCACAUUUUAUGUGAUUUAAAUCUAAGCCUCAGUAGUUUGACCGUCAAACCGAUUGCUGGCUGAGGCCCUUCUGAGGAGAACAUGUGGGAAUGGAAAAACACAGGAAAGAUAGAAGAUCCGUUAGGGUUAGAUGACCACUGUCUCCCAUAUUCAACAUACUCUACGGAUCACAUGAUACUCUGCGGCGGACAACCCAUGGGGGAUAUGAGUUCCUGGUGAAUGUCUAGGCCCGAGGGUCAAGAGAAGCUAAGUUCAGCGGCGUUAAGCUGCAAAACCUGUUGGAUAGACCCAGAACAAACGAGAAUAAGAUCUGAGAUUGAAUUCUGAGAAAACUCGGUGGUCAUCGAGGAUCUACCCGUGAACAUUCUUGAUUUUCUGUUUCGGAGACAUGUUAGAGUGGGAUUAGCCUCCUGUCAGCUUAGGGAAAAAAUGAAAUAAAAAAAAAAUUAUACAUAGUUUUUACCGAAUGUAUUUUCUUAGCUCAUUAAUUUCAUUAUUAUGUAUUAUGUCUUGCAGUUCUCUUGGCCAAAAUCUGAAAACAAGCACCUACGUUUGGGAGAAUGUCUUUGCUGUGGUCAUUUCCAUAUCUGGCUUGGUCUUGUUCUCCCUCUUAAUCGGGAAUAUGCAGGUAAAUGCCUGCACGAAUCACUUUGUUUUGCUUCUCCAUGCAUUAAAAUUACAUCUAGGAAAAACUUGUGCGUUCAUAGUAAGCAUGAAAAUCAUUCCGUUCACCGGGAUAUUGUUUCGGAAAUUGAGACCCUACCCUUCCUAUUUAAGUUUGCGAAUAUUGAUUAUUUCGUAAUCACAUUGAGCAUGCAUCAAGCUCAUUAGCGCUCGAACGUUGCAAUCAACGAAAAGCUUUCAGCGUUUCUCUUUUGACUCUGAUUCAACACUAUUUACGGCAUGGCUUUUACCAUAUCUGCCAAGGGGAGCAAGGAACGUAGCCGAAGUCAUGUACUCAUAUGAUAGAGCGAGAGAGAGAAUGGGUUUCAUCCAGAGGAGGUUAUAAUGGUCUCUCUCUCUCUCUCUCUCUCUCUCUCUUCCCUGCGCACUCCCGAGCCGUUAACACCGCAGCUGUGGAGUUAUCUCUGGGGAGUGAGGGAGCACGAAAGUCCUGACUUCUGCUGCACAAAUAGCUUGGCGUGUUAAGAAUCACAAGAACAAGGACCGCACCCUACCUGCCGUUUUGAUUCCUUGAAAAGAAUGCCGGUCGCUCCUUUUCUUCCACAGGCCCCCGGAUGGCGCGAGCUUGCUAAUUUGCCGCAUUUUUCUUCUCAGACUUAUCUUCAAUCGACCACCGUAAGAAUCGAAGAGAUGAGAAUCAAGAGGCGGGACACCGAUCAAUGGAUGUCGCAUCGCCUGCUCCCCGAGAAGCUGCGGGACCGGAUACGCCGCCACGAGCAGUACAGAUGGCAGGUCACCAGAGGGGUUGACGAAGAAAACCUGCUUCAGAACCUCCCCAAGGACCUUCGGAGGGAAAUAAAGCGCCAUCUCUGCUUAGCCUUGCUGACCAGAGUGAGAAUCCCCUCCCCUUAUUCUGAAACACUUCCCCAUGAGCGCGGAGGAAGAGGAGAGCUUACGCGAUGAUCUUGUUGUUGACUUUCUUCAGGUGCCGAUGUUCGAGAAGAUGGACGACCAGCUGAUGGACGCGAUGUGCGACAGGCUAAAGCCGGUCCUGUACACGGGAUCCAGCAUCAUCGUCCGGGAGGGGGACCCGGUGGACGAGAUGCUGUUCAUCAUGCGGGGGACGCUGGAGAGCGCGACGACCAACGGCGGGAGGACCGGCUUCUUCAACGCGGACUUUCUCAAGGGGGGUGACUUCUGCGGAGAGGAGCUCCUCACCUGGGCCCUUGACCCUAACUCGUCCUCCAACCUCCCCUCCUCCACGAGGACGGUGAAGGCCCUCACCGAAGUGGAAGCCUUCGCUCUCGUGGCCGACGACCUCAAGUUCGUCGCCUCCCAGUUCCGGCGCCUCCACAGCAAGCAGCUCCGCCACACCUUCCGGUUCUACUCGCACCAGUGGAGGACCUGGGCCGCCUGCUUCAUACAGGCCGCCUGGCGCCGCUACACGCGGAGGAAGGACGAGGAGGCGCUGCACGAGAAGGAGGGCAGGUUGCAGGCGGUGAUCUCGCAGGAGGCUGGCAGCUCCCCGAGCCUCGCCGCCACCAUCUACGCCUCGCGCUUCGCCGUCAACGCACUGCGCAACCUGCGGCGCAACGACCCCCGAAGAGCCCGCCUGCCGGAGAGGCUGCCCGCGAUUCUGCUGCAGAAGCCCGCCGAGCCCGAUUUCACAGCGGAGGAGAAAAGUUAG